GAAGAAGAAUAAGUGUGAUGCAGAAAUGUCAAGGAAUUCCUUGACAAUCGAAAAACAGUCGAAAUUUCUUAGAGGUUAUUUUCUCUUCCACCUUUCUUUUGGUGUUUAAUAAUUCGGAGCGAGAAGGAGUCGCGAUGGGUUCGUCUAAAUAUAUUCAAGAAAUUUGGCGAAAAAAACAGAGUGAUAUCUUCAGAUUCUUGCAUAGGAUCAGAGCUUUUCAUUUAAGGCAAAGAACUACUCUUCAUAGAGUUCCUAGACCCACCAGGCCAGACAAAGCUCGUCGUUUAGGAUACAAAGCUAAACAAGGCUAUGUCAUUUUCCGUAUUCGUGUCCGACGUGGAGGACGCAAACGUCCAGUGCCAAAGGGUGCCACUUAUGGUAAACCUAAAAGCCAUGGAGUCAAUGAGCUUAAGCCUGUUCGUAACCAUCAAGCUAUUGCUGAGGAACGUGUAGGAAGACGAUGUGGAGGUUUGAGAUUGUUGAAUUCAUACUGGAUUGUGCAGGACGGAGCUUACAAAUACUAUGAAGUUAUUUUGGUUGAUCCUUCUCACAAUGCUAUUCGCCGUGAUCCUAAAAUCAAUUGGAUUGUUAACGCCGUACACAAACAUCGUGAGUUGAGAGGAAAGACAUCUGCCGGUAAAUCAUCCCGUGGUAUCGGUAAAGGACAUAGAUUCUCUCAAACUAAGGGUGGUUCUCGUAGAGCAGCCUGGUUGAGGAGGAAUUCCCUACAAUUGCGCAGAAAGCGUUGAUUAUUUUAAUUAUUUGACCAAUAAAUUUAUAAUAGUAA